GCUAGCAAGCAUGGAGUACACUUCUACUGCUAGCGGUGAACUUUGGACUCCUUUGACGAAGCGUUGGUAUCCGUGUCUGCAGUACAAGUACAUAGUUGUUGUAUAUAACGGAAUGAAUUAGUAAACAUGUUUAGCCAAUAAUAUAAAUUAUAAAUAUAGUAAUUUAGGCUAGGCAGGCCUAUUUUAUUACGAUUACUAAAAUUAUAAGCGUAGACGGUAGACGGGCAUAUUAAAUUUAAUACUUAGAUACUUAAUCUUAGAUUUUAUUGCCUAGGCUAUUACUAUUACGAUGAAGAUUUACGCAGCAUGUCAUGACAUUUAUAAUUAAUUUGAUCCUUUUAACUACUAACUACUAGCUGUUAAUAGUGUUAACUAGGACUAGGGACAGUAGGGAUGAUCGCUGAUCAGAUGUCUUUAGAGUUUAGGCACAAAACAAUAAAUGGACCUUCAAAUGACUAUUUAUAAAAUUAAAAUAUAAAACAACCUAAAAACUACUUAACCCUUUCAUUACCGCUGGUUUUGGGCAUUGAUUUUUGCUGACUCAGCAAUAAAAAAAACUUUAUAAUAAAAAAAAAAAAAUUUCGGCUGAUGGUAGUUAUUUAAGUUAUGGAUGCCACGACGUUCAGGCUAGGCAUGCGGCAUAGGGAUCGAUUUAGGGUUCAGGUUAGGCAUAGGGGUCGAUUUAGGGUUCAGGCUAGGCAUAGGGAUCGAUUUAGGUGUCAACCAAGAUGAUGGCGACCAUUGAGAAAAUAAUGGCGUCCAUACUCACCAUUUACCAAAAUUUCCUAUAUUUUUCAUUCGCUAUCCGAUUUGCUUAUUAACUUCUCUAUAGAUUAACGAAUAAAGAAAUAUAUAGCAUUGAAAUAUGAUGUCGACGUGAUGUCCUUGGUAUUUCAGAAAAGUUCUUUGCCUCUUUGUUAUGACGACAAUGUGAGGUCCUUGGUAAUUGAAAGUGGGCGAUUUUUAUGUCAUCUGUAAUGAAAGGGUCAAAUUUAAACUAUAGUUGUAAUAGUAUAGAUUUCUAGAUAAGAGAUAGUUUAAGUUAAGAUUAACAGUCGGCCUAUAUUAUAGUAGUAUAAUCAUAGUGAGUUUCAGUUCAUUGUUCUGCAUGCUUCUAUAAAUAAUAGAUGGGGUUGCUAUUUCAAAAAGAUUUGGAACCAGUCUGACUGCCAGUCUUGUGUAUCAAAUAAUAAUUUUGCUGAUCCUUAGGUGAAAUUUCUAAUAACCCCCUGUUCAAUUAUUUUGUUCACAGAUUCAGCUAUGUCAAAGAUUGAAGACUUUUUUAAAAAGAUUUUCACCUGCACAGAUUGAACAUGUCAGAAUAUGAGAAUGUUCUUCAAAAGAUCCGACCAUUCGGACCAUAUCAAAUACGAACUUUUAUUUUGGUGUCCCUGUUUGAAACUCCACUAGCAUGGGCAAUGUUGGUGCCAAUAUUUUCUGCUGCUAAUCCAGGAUAUUUUUGUUCUUCACCAGUAGCAAAUAAAACAUCAGACUCAAGUCUAAUUUGUAAUAAAAAUGCUUGUCAAACUAUACAAUUCAAUCAAGAUUUUACAUCAAUUGUUUCUGAGGUCAGUAUUUUAUGUUUCAGAAUAUAUGUUAUAACUUUUCAACAUUUUUAAUUUUUUUUUGUCAUUUUGCUCUUUUUUGCCUUAUAAACUUAAACUAUACCUUUUUUGGCUGUGUUCAGAUAGAAAUUUUUUUAUGCCAUGUCAAGUUGGCUGCUGUCUUUCAACUUUGCUAGUUGAUAUUUUUUGUUCUUUUCAAGAAAAGAUACCAUUCUUUCACUACUUUAUGCCACCUAAUUAUUUGCCCAUUUUAAGUAUAUCCCUCACUAAUUCAAAAAAAUUUACCUCUGGCUCCGGUUUAUCAGGCAGAUGUGGUACCAUUGCUUGACAUCGCCAUUUAAGAACUGAACAAUAUCCAGUAAUUGUGAUGAAAAUAAUAACAUAACUUAUGUUGUUUUAAGUGGCUGAAUAAAUUAUUAUGAAAAACACAUUAUUAAGUGUCAUGAAUUGAAAACCAGUUCAAUUUUUUUUUAAAUGUUUUUUGUAUGUUAUUCAUCAUUUAAAAAAAAUUUUUAUCUCACAAAAAUAUGUAUUUUCUUCCUCUGUUUUUCCAGUGGCAUCUGAUUUGUGACUCCAAGUACAUCAGUGAGCUCAUAACAUCAUUGCAAAUGGUAGGGGUCUUGAUUGGAGCACUUGUUACUGGUCAGCUAGCAGAUAUCUUUGGUAGAAAAAAAGUUCUUUUCAUUGAAUAUACACUGCUCAUAAUUUUUUGGUUCAGUACAGGAUUCGCUCCAAGUUGGGAAAUUUAUGCUGCCUUAAGAUUUGUGGUCGGAGGACUUAUUGGGGGUAAGCUGGAAAUGUUUUUAUCAGUUUAUUUUAUUUUUACCAUCAGUUGACUUUCUGUCAGUCCAUACAAUGUAAGGUGAAUUUAUUAUCUUUUAUUCUUUAACUAGCAGAAUUAAACGAUUACUCUUAUUAUGAUUUUCAGGUUGCCUAGUUGUUAAUUUUGUUCUUCCACUGGAGUUUGUGACACCAGAAUGGCGAACAUUUUGUGGCUGCAUAGGUUUCUGGGCUGUGGGUCUCAUGACUUUAGCACCCUGGGCUUACUUUCUAAGAAACUGGAGGCACUUAGAUAUUGCCAUGUCUGCAACUAGCAUCACGCUUUUACCCUUAUGGUGGUGAGUGCCAAUGUUUUUAUUGGCUGCUGACCUAGGAAUCUAUAUGCAAAUUAACUUAAAUCAACCAUGUGAAUUUUAAAUAAAUGCAGUUUUUUUUUCAUUAUUGAGGACUCAUUAAACUACUCAUGAUUGGGAUGUUUAUUUUUAUGUGCAUUUUUUCCCUUCUCUCCUUGUUCAGGCUGAUUGAUGAGAGUCCCAGAUGGCUAUUAAGUCGCGGCCACCUUAAGGAGGCCAGCGACAUACUUAUAAAGGCAGCAAAAUUUAACAAAAGUCAAGUUCCUGAUCUGAGCUGUUUAGACCAAUUUGUCAAGGUUAGAAAGAUUUAUUAGCAAACCUUUAUGUACAUUUCUACCAUUUAAAGGUAUUACUAUGUGAAGUGCUAUGAACUGUUUGCAGUAGUCUAUCCCACAACUGGUUUGCUGCAUCUUACUUGUGUACCACGUGUGCCGUCAAACCAAGCUAAGUGUGCCACAGCGAAAUUCCUCAAAAGGAAUGAAAAACCUAUGGGGACGAUUUAAGUUUUGUUUACUUUUCCAGAAAGGUCUACAUUAUAUUACAUAGAGGGAGAGACACUCACUGGCCAUUGAAUUUCUAGACAUUCUGUUCUGUAGGGAAUUCUAUUCUGGAGGGAGCUACUCCAUCACUAUAAAUACGACAAUUGACUGUGACCAGACCUGUUUACUCUUUCGAUUUUGAUGUACAACGUACGAUUUUGAUAUGUUUUUUUAUGAUUGUAUGCCAAGACCUAACAGAACUAUGAUUUUAAGAGACUGGGUUGCAAAUAAUUACAUUAAGGUAGUUUUUUCCGAUAUAAAGAAAUAAAUAAUUAAAAGAUGUGUGCAUUUUCGGUUGUUAGUAUUAACUUGCAUCUGCAUUCUGAAACUAGCUGUGAAUGGAUCGAGAAAUGUUAGUGGUUGAGGACCAUCUCUCAAUACAUUAAGUUUGCUCUUAGAGGGAAUGGAGCGGUGUUGAUUUAGGAGAUUUUGUGUUGGGGUGGGGGCUAAAUAUUUAAGUCAAUAAAAUCAACACCGCCACAUUUUCAUAAUGACAUUGGUGAUAUUUCAGUAAUAUUAGCAUUGUCGCCCUACUGACAAUUUUAGUAAAUCCGCUGCAAUCCAUUUAGUAUGUACACUGUGAGGGGAGAUAGGGGUUUUUGAUUUUUGAGAUUUUUUGGCCUAUCGAUAACUGCAAAAAGUACAUAUGUUAUUUAAAAACUCUACAAUAUUCAUCCUGAAUGUCCAAAAUUAGCAUAUUUAUAUCUCAAAUACUGUAAAAGUAUCACACAAUUUAUAUAGAAAUUAUCUUCAUAAUGGUGCCAUGUAUUUUCAAAAAUGAACUCCAGAUAGUUCUUAGUAGUAGAUAAAUUACAUUAAUAAUUAGUCCACAGUAUGUUCAAUGCGCAUGUGACAUAUAUUUUGUUUGCCUUCGUCAGUGCUGCUAAAAUUUUCCUUUCCCGGCGCCUAUGCUAACUUAAGGUUUUCACCAGGCUCCCUGUGUUAAAUUCUAACUGGUACACUUCAAAAUAGGGAAAUAUAAUACAAAUUUUAAAAAAAGGUUGGGUAAAAAUAAAUAUAACACAUAUGUAAAUCACUAAGGGCCAUAUAGUAAAUGCAAACUGUAGUUACUCUAGUGCAGCGGUUCUUAACCUGUGGGUCGCAACCCCUUUGGGGGUUGAACGACCCUUUCCCAGGGGUCGCCUAAGACCAUUGGAAAACACAUAUACUGUACAGUUGUGAGGUAGCAAUAAAAAUAAUUUUGUGGCUGGGGGUCGCCACAACAUGAGGAUUUGUAUUAGAGGGUCGCGGCAUUAGGAAGAUUGAGAACCACUGCUCUAGUGGGUUACUUGGGGGUAGAAAAUUUGACUUUUUUUUUGUAAUUACUAUACAGAUGGCCCCUCCUCUCAGUUUUUUGCUGCGGUGCUGUAUGAUGUAAUUUUGUGACAUAAAUAUUUCUUACGGCUGAACCGCAACGAGUCAAAAACAGAGGAAACUAGAGAAUGCAUUUUCAACUGUUCUGCGCAGCAACAUAAGAUUUCAACAUAUUUUAUAGGAACGGAGAGGGCCUUUCACAUCAUUUUUAGAACAAAAAACAGCCAUCCAAUUUUUAAUACCCCCUCUUCCAAUCACCCAUUUACAGCUUGUGAUAGUUAUGAGACUGUAAUAUGUUAGUGGGAAAUAGGCAUAAUUGAUAUAAUUUAAGGCAUAAAGUAAUAUAAUUUAAUUUUUCCUCCAUAUUACUUUGAAAUGAUUUACUUUUAUGAGCAUCUGACCUAACUGCUUUCAAUGACAAAAAAGUAGAUUCAUCAAUCAAAGUCUGGUUAUAAUAUAAGACAUUUACAAUUUCACCUCCGUGGAAAAGAGAUUUACAAAAUCAAUUCUGCAACAGCACAUCUGCUGAAUCAAUAGGCAGUGACGUACUCAUAAAAAAUGGAUUGAGUUACUUAGUUAUUAUAUAGUGCUAUGAAUAUUUUAAGAAUGUUUUUAAAUGAUAAACAAGAUUAAGUAUAUGUUAACGCUGAAAAGCCGUACACUUUUUUCUGUAUAUUUAAAUUCAAAGGAGUUGUUAAUGAAUGAACUAAGGAAGGGUUUUUAAGCUGCUUUGUGUCCUUUUCUCACUUUGAAUUUCAGCAGUAAAAUAAGAUGCAUUUUAAAAAAAUGCUUGAAUAAUGCUUGUAUUUUCUGCAGAGAGAAAGGAUUAGAAAGGAUGAAGAAAAGAAGUACUCUUACUGGCAUCUCUGCAAUUCGUUGACUCUAACGAAAGGAUCCCUCAUUUGUAUGUUUGGAUGGUAAGACUUUGCUGAGUAGAUUUAUUCUUAAUAAUAUUCAGUUGUUCUUUUUUUGUUUUUUUUUUGGGGGGGGGGGGGGGGGGGGUGUUGUACUUAAAAUCUUCCCAGCAUGUUAAAAGUAAAUUCAUAUUUAAAUUUAUAUAACACUUAAAUUCAGUGUUGUUUAAGAAAGUUUAAGAGUAACUGAAAUGUAAGAAAAAACACCAACAGUUAGUACUUAAGCUAGCUAACAGAUUUCAUGCAAGUAAUGAGUUUUAGUUUUGUUAAUAAAACAUGACAAUACACGUUUUAAUAUUCAAAGUUACAAAUAUAUAUGUGAGGGUUUGUUUUAGUCAAAAUAGUUAACUAUUUUACUCGUACGGUAUAUACAAGAAAUUUAGGGUAAAAAAUGUUACUUAAAAUUAGGGUUUGGCAUAAUACACAUGUGUAAGAAAUAUGUUUAUUACCCUUGCGAUAUAUACUAAUGCCUAUGCAGCCUAAUCCACUUGGCACAAUCACAUUCUUUGACCGAGUAUGCAUCAUAUCUGCAUAUAACACCAGUAACAUUAAGUAACGCCCCUUUGAAGGGAUAUAAGCAUAGUUGUAUCGGUGUGAGUAUGACCACAGUUCAUUUUACAUAUUAUAAUAAUUGAAAGGAUUUUGACAUUUUUAUUUUUUAAGAUAAAUAUUGAUUCCAUUAGUUCGUAUUGAUUUAUUAGGAAACAAGAUUAAUAUAUUGCAUUAUACGUGGACAUGGGGUUUCCAGACCCUUCCGAUUUAGUUGGAAUUAUACUGUUUUUUUAACACCUCAUUCCGACCUUCCAACAAAAACCCCUUGAAAUUUCGAUUUUUCAAAUUUUAUAAUUUUUCACCCGUCAUAAAAAUCCGAAAGCGACCAAAAAAAAAAUAAUUAAAAAUUCGUGUAUGAUAGGAAGUGUUGUAUUUGUUUUACAAAUUGUCUACAUGUCCGGCGACAGGGCGAAUAAGUGAAUAAAUUCUUGAGAUAUUUGUCCGGUUAUUAUAUAUUCAACCUAGUCACAUGACCACCGCAACAAAGUUGCACGAGAUAUUUGUCCAUCACCCUUGUCAUGUGACCGCUAAUUGUAGAUUAGAGUAUACAUACUUCAUUUCAACAAAUUCAAGAUACUCUGGAAAUUCACACGUAAAAAUAAAUAUGUUCAAUUAUACAAAAGAAAUAAUAGAACCAUUGCUGGUAUAUAUAAUGAAAAAUUGAUUAAAAAGUGACAAUGUUUUUUAUAAAGCGUGGCAGGCUUGCCGGAUGAAUAUCUCCCGCACAAUUUUCCCGGUCGCCUGAUGGGUAGACACUGUCUUGUUUUUAUCGAAGUGAACCGCAAUCUUCAAAUUAUUCUUCAAUCAUCAGUUGAUCUUAUCGUGAUUUAUCCUUUUUAUAAGGUUAAAAAAUAAUUCAGACUUUUUUUUUGUUAAAGCUUUUCUUAAUUAAAUGGUUAAAUCUAUUGAAAGUGAUGGGCACAAUGUUAUUAAUUAACAUAUUUUAACCCCCCAAAAAACAACAUACAACUGCAGCUAAAAGUAAUCUGUGUCUAAUUUCUUUGCUAAAGAAUCGGAAGAUUCAAUUAGCAGAUCAUUUUAUUUACCACCUUUCUUAAUAAAGGAAAUAUUUCUCUAGCCAACGCUGAUCGUAAUGCCAGAGUCAAAGAAAUGUUUUCAGACUUGCAGAAUGCUAGAAGAUUGUAAAGAAAAAUUACAACGAAACUAUACUUUUUCUAACUUGUUUGUAACUAAAAUCAAUUGCAAUGCUAGCCUUCAGUUGUCCAAAGAGCUGUUAGACAAGUACAAAAAGGCCACUAAGGAUAUGCUGGAAAACUGAACUCUUAGAGUCUUAGCAGCCUGUGUACAUAAUAUGUAAAUAAAAUGGAUCUUCUGUUCUAUACUGUAUAUAUCUGUAUAUAAACAUUUCCAGUAAUGUUUUUCUCAUGUUCUGUGGUGAUAUGUGGACUCUUUAAAGACAAUUGAGGUAACUUUAUAUUUCUUUUAUUUACUAAAAAAGGCGUGUGCAUUAGAUCUCAAACCAACCCCCCCCCCCCACGGGGCGCCACCCCCUGAGGGGCAGCGGUCCCACUUCCCCCCUGCAUGCAACCCCCUUCAGAUUUUUUUUCUUUGCAGGUUGAAAGGUCUGGGUUUCAGAGCUUUUUGCAAACAAAACGUUAUGGGAUCAUAUUAUACUUGGAUAUUUUAUAUGUAGUGAUGUAGUAAUGUAUGGUACUUUGUUUAGUUUUAAAAGUUGAAUUUUGUAAGUCAAAAAUUUUAUUGUUUAAAAUUCUUACAGGUUUGUGUCAAGUUCAGUGUAUUAUGGCCACAACUUUAACAGUAAAAACUUGGUUGGUGACAGAUACAUCAAUGUUUUUAUAUCAGGGAUUGUGGAGAUACCAGCACUUUUCUUUGUGCUUUUUAGCAACAACUAUUUUGGUCGACGCAAAACUGUUUUCUGUCUUAUGCUUAGUUCAGGAUUAGCAUGUUUCUCCAUUCUCAUUAUUGCAUUAAUGGGUAAGAUCCUUUUAAACAACUACUACUUGCAUAAUGUAAAUAGAUUUUUUUAAAAUUAUAUUGCAUGCAGUGUUAGUUUUAAAAAAUCUAAAAUUCACUCAGCAUUUUUAGUUUUUCCCUCUUGAUUUUGAUACUGUUUAUUUGGGACAGAUGUAUGGUAAAUAAAGUCAUGAAAUAAGCAUAAAAAAAUGUCCUCAUUCACAGGUAACCUUGUAACUCUGUCAGCUCUAACUCUGACCAUGGCUAUGAUUGGAAAGUCUUGCAUUGCUGGAGCCUGGGCAGCAGUGCAGAUUUUCUCAGCAGAAACUUUUCCAACUGUUAUAAGGCAAGUGAAUAUUUCAUUUUUUCGAAACAAGAGAAAAAUAUUCCCCAAUAUUAUGUUUUAGAUGAAAAAAAAAAGUCAUUUGUGCCAUUCCAUAUAUAUAAUAUUGUUGCUGAAGGAGUUAAUAUGUUUGUACUUUUUCACAUAGAAUGUACUUUUUCACAUAGAAUGCUUUUUCACAUAGAAUGUACUUUUUCACAUAGAAUGUACUUUUUCACAUAGAAUGUACUUUUUCACAUAGAAUGUACCAGAAUUUAAUUUUAUACAUUGUUAGUCUCAUUUUGAAAGUAUAUUGUUGAUAUUCUGUGAAACUUGUACUGAUGAAAACUAUAUUUUUGUAAAAAUAGAAAUAUUGGAAUUGGUGCAUGUUCCAUGGCAGCUAGAGUUGGUGGAAUUGUAGCGCCACAGUUUGGAUUUUUGGUGAGUCUCAGAUUUGUUGACGGAUUAAGAGAUGAAUCCUUAGUGGUUGACCCCAGUAGAGAAGUGUUUUAGAUACAACAAAAUACCAGACCCGAAAAAACCUAGGUGUUCUCACUUUUGGUUUUUGUUUUAACCUCAAACAAUAGCUUAGAAAUUAUAGUUACAGCAAAUAUGUGAUCAGAACAUCAGCCCCAGGUAAAUAUUAUGACGAUAUCUAAUAAAACAUUGAACCCUAGACAUGUGGAGAUGGCAAAUACUAUAAAAGUAAUUGUCAUUGACCACAAGAGUAUAAACAGGAUAUUUUUUCUUCCUUGCAACCAGAUGAAAGUUCAUACAUAUCAUCAGACAAUGCCAGUCUAAUGAAUUUUGGGUGAUACUAGUUUUACAAUAGUCCUAUAAUUUGCUUUCUAUGAAAACUGUUUUGUUUGAUAUUAUUUUUACAACAGUCCUAUAAUUAAAUUAAUUUGCUUUAUAUGAAAAUUGUUUUGUGUGAUACUAUAUUUACAAUAGUCCUAUAAUUUGAUUUAUAUGAAAACUGUUUUGUAUGAUACUAUUUUUACAACAGUCAGUCCUAUAAUUAAAUUAAUUUGCAUUAAAUGAAAACUGUUUUGUGCUAUCCACAGACCAGGAUUAAGUAUAUAAAUUUAAGUAGGCCACAAAGCAUAAGAAUAAAAAAUAAUCUGGCCACCAAUAUGAAAACUUUAGGAAAUGCUGCAAUGGACAUUUUAUGUAAAAACAUUUUUUAUCCUAAUUUUAAAAUGUAUUGGAUUAAUUUAUUUUUUUUAAUUCACGCAGGGUCAGACAACAAUUCACAUCCCAUUUACCAUCUUUGCCAUUCUGGCUGUGGUCUGCAGCUUCCUGAUGCUACUUUUGAAAGAAACAAAAGGAGUUCCACUCCCCGAUAGAUUGCACCUUCAUCUGAAAGAGGAUGAAAACUUAAGCCCAAUAAAUAUGUUCACCAAAAACGGUUUAGUCGCAUUAGAGCAGGGUGGGGGAGAUGUGUUGGAGACCAGUCUGUUGCAGACACCUAAUGGUGACGCUCUACUAGAGACAUGUGAUUUGGACACUCCAAAUCAAGAACAAAAUGCCAUUUAGAUUUUCAUGGAGUGGACUGGUUUAAAAUUCAAGUUCAUGAAAAAAUAUUUUUGUCAUUUAAGAAACAUCAGGCAAAAAAUCAUUGAAAUAAUAAUGUUAUCAUUUAAGAAACAUCAGGCAAAAAAUCAUUGAAAUAAUAAUGUUAUCAUUUAAG